AGAGCUUCACUUUCUUCCUCAGUGCAGAGAGACUGCACGCCAGGCACGAGGCUCCUCACUCCUCCCCUCUCUCACUCUGCCUUUUUCCUGGGCUCCUGUCCAGAGAAUGACUGGCUCCAGUGGACCUAAGAGGAGGAACACAGCCUGAAGAUACAGCUCCAGCCCUGCCUGCUUGCCUGCCUGCCUGCCGGGACAACCAAACGCAUUGGGGUUUUACAAAUCAGCAGCUCCAACACCCUUGUGGGAUUCAUAGACUUGAUUUUUUCUUUUCAUUUUUUUCUUUUAUCAGAUGAGAAAGAUUGGAUCUGAGCUUGGGCAUACAGACAAACAAACAAACAGACGGACUGACAUAUGGACAGAGAGCAGUGGGCACUGCAGUGUGAAUGUAGCGACUGGACAUCUCUUCUCCCUGGUUACUGAGACCAAAGAAGGAUAAUAGCCAGAGCACUAUCCUGUCCACCGAGGUAGUGGGUGGAUGCAGCUUUUCAGCAGACUGCUAUAGGGGAAAGCAGAGACUGUAUAGAAUCUGCAGAGAUAUAUCUAGUUGAUCAACAUUGUGGCGAUCAUCAGAAAAAGGAUUGCUACCUCCAUGUAGACUCUUGCUGGAUUGUUAUUCCUGAAACUAUCUCUUAUUAAACAUUGUUUGCAGGAACUUACUGCUCAAAGACCUGUGGACUUCUUCUCUUUUCAUAGACUUUGUUCCUCAUGCUGAGUGGACCUGCAUGCUUUCUGUGUAGAUGAGCGUGGACUGUGUGUCUCACUGAUGAUGGCAGAGUGCAUGAGGACUGUGUAUCUGACAUUGAUGCUGCUGUAUCUUGUUCUGCUGGUCACGGCUCACACAGCCCAAAACAUCUACCCAAGGAUACGGCUCUCCCACAAAGAGCUUUGGCAGCUGAACAGGACCUGGGUGUUCCAGGGACAUGGAGCGAGCCUUCAGCCCCAGACCAUGCUGCUGGAUGAAGGCCAUGAGAGGCUUUAUGUUGGAGCCAGGAAUACUCUCUUCUCCCUUAGCCUGGACCGGGUUAACACACACCGCAGAGAGAUCCAGUGGGCCAGUACAGAAUCUCAGAUAGAGGAGUGUAUGAUGAAGGGGAGGGAAAAGCUGGAGUGUGCAAACUACAUCAAGGUCUUGCAGCAGUACAACCAGACCCAUUUGCUGGUCUGUGGAACAGGAGCAUUUAACCCUAUCUGUGCCCUGGUCAGAGUGGGACACACAGGGCAGGAUAGGCUAUUUGCUCUGGAGGAAGACAGUAUUGCAAGUGGCAGAGGACGCUGUCCAUACGACCCCAGCAGUCCCUGCACAUCUACACUCUCCAGAGGAGAGCUGUAUAUUGGCCUAUACACUGACUACUGGGAGAAUGAUGGUGCUUUGUGUCGACUUAACAACCAGACCUACACGCGCACUGAAAGAGACGACAGGCAGCAGCUCAAUGAACCUAAAUUUGUGGGGUCAGCAGUUAUUCCUGACAACGAUGACAGGGAUGAUGACAAAGUUUACUUCUUCUUUACUGAGCGAGAGAUGGAUGCUGAGGGAGUGAACAAGGCUGUAUAUACCCGUGUUGGGCGAGUCUGUGCGAAUGACCAAGGAGGACAGAGAAUGCUGGUGAAUAGAUGGAGCUCCUUCCUGAAAACUCGUCUUAUCUGCUCUGUGGCUGGACCAAAUGGCAUUGAUACACACUUUGAUGAUCUCGAGGACAUAUUUGUUCUAAAAAACAAGGACAGGAAAAACCCAGAAAUCUUUGGCCUCUUUAGCACAACAAGUGCGGUGUUUAAAGGCUAUGCCGUGUGUGUCUAUCACAUGGAUGACAUCAGAGCAGCCUUUAAUGGUCCAUUUGCUUACCGAGAGAGACCCGAGCAUCACUGGACACCUUACGAGGAGAGAGUCCCUUACCCUCGACCUGGAUCUUGUGCCAGUAAAGUGAAUGGUGGUGGCUUCUCCAGCUCCAAGGAAUUUCCUGAUGAGGUUUUGCGGUUUGCGCGUUCUCAUCCUGUGAUGUAUCGUCCGGUCCUUCCCCAGCACCGUAGACCUGUCCUGCUACAGACAGAGCCGGGCAGGAGAAAACUGACCCAGAUCGCUGUGGACAGAGUCCAAGCCCAGGAUGGAUACUAUCACGUUCUGUACAUCGGCACUGAUGACUCAGUGGUGUUGAAAGUUAUCACCAUCUACAACAAAGACACAGACACUAUGGAGGAGGUGCUGCUGGAAGAGCUGCAAGUAUUCAAGGUGUCAGCACCAAUAAGAGAGAUCAUAAUAUCACCGAAAAGGCAACAGCUCUAUGUUGGGUCGGAGGUUGGUUUGGCCCAGGUCAGACUGCAUCAGUGUGACCUCUAUGGCUCUGAAUGUGCUGACUGUUGUCUGGCCAGAGACCCCUACUGCGCCUGGGAUGGUCUCACCUGCUCCAGAUACUACCCUGCUGGAGUCUACACUAAGAGCAGACGAUUCAGGCGGCAGGAUGUUCGCCAUGGCAACGCCGUCCAGCUGUGCAAUGGGCUGCAAAUUGAUGAUGAAGGAUCUGAGGAGAGGUUGGUGUACAGUGUUGAGAGCAACAGCACUUUACUGGAGUGUGUCCCUCGAUCACUUCAGGCCAAAGUUCUCUGGUUUUUAGAAAAAGGAGGAGAGAAACAUGAGGUUCGAGUGGAUGACAGGGUUAUCAUGACCUCCUACGGGCUGCUGUUCUUACGCGUGAGAAGCUCAGAUGCCGGUGUGUAUGUGUGCCAAACUGUGGAACAUGGAUACGUGAACACAUUGUUACGCAUCACUCUACACGUGCUCAGAGGGGAGAGGGUGGAGUCAGCGAUCCACAGGGCUAAUGAUGAGGAAGGACAGAAAGCUGCAGCUCUAUGCCACUCCUCCUUGGGCCCCCCACCGGGCCCCAGCAUCAGCCCCAGGGCUCUGGUUCCAUCCUCAGUCCCAGGCCGCCACUCCAGGCUGUGGUACAAGGAGUUUCUCCAGCUGAUUGGCUACGGGGAUGCCCAGAGAGUAGAGGAGUACUGUGAGAGAGUGUGGUGCAAUGAUAAAAAACGUAAAAAGACCAAAAGGAAGUAUGUUCCUCUGGGUGUCGAGAAGAGAGGGAGAGGGAAGGGAGAGGAGAACUCCAACCGAGCGCCCAGGCACACCUUGGACACCUGAGGAGAACAGAGACUGACUGCGCAUACACACACAUGCACACACACAGUCUAAAGGUCAGACUCACUCAGUGUUUGCACCAUGUAAAAGGUUUUUCACUUUGCUUUCAACAAGAGCAUAAACAGAAAAACAACAGUGGCAGCCUGUCAAUCUAUUGUAGCUACAUUUAUCACUCAAUAGUUUCACUGUGUUGUUUCCACUUAUUUUAAAAAACCAGCAUUUUGCCUUUUUGUGUGGUGCAAACUGACUAUCUGGUGCAGAACCUGGGUAAAUGCUAUGAACGUCAGUGUCAGUACAGAGCAGAUGCCCUGGGAGGAGACUGAUGACUGAUUAAGCGACAUUGCCUCUGAUCUGAAGAGAAAGAACAUAAUACUGUAUAUCAGCUCCUGUGGACUGACCCAGCCCAACACAGCUGUCAAUCCAAACGCACAAAGAGAUUGCUCAACUAAACCUCUGCUCCACCUCUCAUUCAAUUGCUAAAUAUGAUAUACUCUUACUGUAUCUAAUAUGAGAGAAAACAAUAUGUUAAAAGUAAUGGCCUUCUAAUCUUUUUUGUUAUUAUGAUAACUUAUUUACUUGGUUUCUGCUGAGUUCUGUAGUUGUGUAGAUGUCAUAAACUGGAAUAUACAAUGUUGUUUUUGUACAGUGAAAAAUGCUUUUGAGCUUUAUGAUACUGCUAAUUUGAUUACAGUGUGGUCAUGGCUGUGGUGUGUGUGUGGUUAUGGCCACUAUGCAUAGAGUAAGAUGUUGAAAUGCCACUAUUAUGGAUAUUUGAGGCAUGUUUUAAUUAUAAUUAUGCCUUCAAUGAAAAUAAUUCCUAUUUAAGCACUUGUAAAACCUGUUACAGUAGAUGAAAAGUGGCCCGAUCAGUGAUAUUAUCGUUAUUGUAAGUGUCUACAUUUACAUCUACAAUUGUGAUCAAAUGUACCAACAGUACUGUGUGUAUUGUACAUUGUAUUUAUCUAUAAUUCAGGGUGGUCUUUGUGUGCACAUCUGGUUCCUAUAACUGUGUAUUCACAAAAUCGUCCUUCAGUGCUGGCUGUUCCCUCUUCUUUCCCUUUCUCUCUUUCUCUUACUCUUUCUCCUCUCCUCCCUCUAUCAGUUCUUACUCCCUCUUCAUUCCAUCCCGCUUUUGUUUGUCUGCGACGAUGUUGCAGAUGGGGUUCAUAAUUAACACCACAAACAGCAAUGCAGAACACCACAUUUCCCUCAGAAGAAAAAGGACAAAUGAAUGUUAGGGUGACCAUCCAAGCAUGUCAUUAGCUAAACUGAUGAGUCAGCCUCAUGCAUAUUUAGUAAAUCUUAAGAUGACAGAAACAUAAAAACAACCUGAUGCUACAGUGAAAUGCAUUGUAGUGGUUAUGCUUUUGUUAUUUUGUGCCUUAUUUAUCUCCUAAUUUUGUCAUUUUAUACUUUUGACCCUUUUGACUUUACUGUAUUCAUAAUGUGGCAAAAAAAAAUGCUUAGUCUUUGUCAAUUGCUCAUCAUUCUCCUUGAAUAUACUUCAAGUCAAAACACUUGGAUUGACUUGUUGUGUCUUCUAUACCCCUUAUAAAUACAUGCCAUUAAAAAAAGAUGGACUAUCCUUCCCUGGUGUCACCUCUGUAUUUAAGCCAUCAAUAAUGGCAAAAUAUACUCUGUAUGUGUGCACAAAAGCACACACUCACACACCCACACACAUACUACAUUCGUGGGGACCCUUAAUGGACAUAAUGCAUUCCCUAGCCCCUUCCCCUCACAUUAACAUAAGCCUAAUUCUAACCUGUACCUUAAAACCAAGUCUUACCCCUCAAACAGCCAUUUAAACUUGUGGGGUCCAGUGUUUUGUAUUUUGGUAGUAAAACAAGCCCAUCAAUAUACAUGUAUCUGCUUACAAAUACAUUAUAAUAUGUCAUAUAUCAUUUAUUCGAUAUUUAUUUGGUACUUAUAAAUAUCAAACGGGGGACUUAUAGUAAAGUGCUACUGAGUUACAGCUUCUAGAACAACCAAUAAACCCAGGUUAGGAUUUUUUUCUCACAGUACGCUGCUCACUGGGACACCAUACUCAAUCAAAUUCUGUCUAGGUCUACCUGAGUCAGUGGGGUGCUGAAGGCAUUUGAGAAUGCAAUACAUGCUGCUGAUUUAUUCCUCAUGGCUACCAUAGCAACAGGCUCUGAACCAGUUCAGCUCCCCUCCUCAUCAAAGCUCCUUCUUCUCCCUCUCGGUCAAGUUUUAACGCUGUAACUCUGGCCUCUGGGCCUCUCUAGCCAAUGGUCCCUGUAGGCACUCAUACUGUAUAUCACACUCUAAUGUACAGUAUUUAGACUGGUCCUCUUAGUUAGGCUCAAAAGUGUUUUCUUUUCUUCUGGGAGUGAAACUGGAAUUUGCCUGCUGGAUGGAGUUUCUGAGCCCACAGAUAGAUGCCAUCUGAGCAACUUUGGGAACAGAUGCAGAAAUAGAGCUUGAGUCUGCAGCUGCACAUAUGAGAUCAUACAUUUCAGGGUUCAAGAGGUCAAUUUAAUGCAAUGACAUGCUAUAAAUCCAUUCAUUAAGCUACAAAGGGAUCAAAAGGUCAAAGGGCACUCCAAUUAUUAGGCUGCUGUACAUGUUUCUGUCGCUGUGAGAACAUGAAAGUGUUUAUCCUUUCCCUCUAUUCUCCUUUUCCCUGCCAUCUUUGUUGUCCCCACACAGCGCUGGUUCUAUCAAGAGCCAAUGCACCAGAACACAUAUUACAAGUGAAAAUGUCAGAUAUGGAAAGAGAUGUUAGGAGGCAGUGGAAAAUAAACAUCAGAAGACAAACAGUACGCGAGCCUCUACAGAUAGUAACGCUCCACAUGUUGUCAGCGUGCACAGUAUAUUGUGUGUAUGUGUACGUGUUUUUUGGACUUUUAAUUGUGUUUGCUUUGAUGGCUGUGUCUGUGUGAAGAAGGAAGGAAGCCCAUUACAU